CAGAGUGGCGGCGGCGGCAGCGGGGACCUCUGGGAAGGGAGUGUUCUCCUGGCUGCUGCAAAGUUAACCUGCUGCUGUUGCUUUAGGCGCGAGAGGAAGCGGCGCAGGGGCGAGAAGGAAGGCGGCCGGCUGAGCCCAGCCAAAUCAGGGCGCCGAGUGGUUCGCUGCGGCAGCGCUCGAGAAGCGAGCGGGCAGGAGCCGAGGGCGCAUGCAGCAGGGCUCCAGCUCCGCUCCGGCGGCGCACAAUGGACGACGAAAGCAUCAAGAGGUGCCCCCAACCACCUGAGGCAGAUGGAGACAAGGACCAGCGAACAGUGACCAUCAAUCCUUGUCACAUGGGAAAGGCAUUCAAAGUCAUGAAUGAAUUAAGGAGCAAGCGGCUUCUUUGCGAUGUGGUAAUUGUUGCUGAAGACAUUGAAAUUGAAGCCCACCGUAUUGUCCUAGCAGCUUGCAGUCCAUAUUUCUGUGCAAUGUUUACAGGAGAUAUGACUGAAAGCAAAGCAAAGAAGAUUGAGAUCAAAGAUGUUGAUGGACUAACCUUAAGCAAACUAAUUGAUUAUAUCUACACAGCAGAGGUAGAGGUCACAGAAGAGAAUGUCCAGGUUUUACUGCCAGCCGCCAGUCUAUUACAACUGAUGGAUGUUCGACAAAACUGUUGUGACUUUCUUCAGUCUCAGCUUCACCCCACAAAUUGCCUUGGAAUUCGCGCCUUUGCAGAUGUGCACACCUGCACAGAAUUAUUGCAACAGGCCAAUGCCUAUGCAGAGCAGCAUUUUCCUGAAGUGAUGCUUGGUGAAGAAUUUCUUAGCCUAAGCCUGGACCAGGUUUGCAGCUUGAUAUCAAGUGACAAGCUCACAGUGUCAUCAGAGGAAAAGGUCUUUGAAGCUGUCAUUUCUUGGAUAAACUAUGACAAAGAGUCUCGUUUGGAACACAUGGCAAAGCUGAUGGAGCAUGUUCGUCUUCCUCUCUUGCCCAGAGAUUACCUUGUACAGACAGUUGAAGAAGAAGCUUUAAUCAAGAAUAAUAAUACAUGUAAAGACUUCCUCAUUGAAGCCAUGAAAUAUCACUUACUUCCUCUGGAUCAAAGACAGCUGAUAAAAAAUCCUAGGACCAAACCAAGGACACCAGUCAGUCUGCCAAAGAUAAUGAUUGUGGUGGGUGGGCAGGCCCCAAAAGCCAUUCGAAGCGUAGAGUGUUACGACUUUGAGGAGGAGCGAUGGGAUCAGAUUGCUGAACUUCCUUCUCGGAGAUGUAGAGCAGGAGUGGUAUUCAUGGCAGGCAAGGUCUACGCAGUGGGAGGUUUCAAUGGCUCUUUGCGAGUUCGGACAGUCGAUGUGUAUGAUGCAGUGAAAGAUCAAUGGACAUCUAUAGCUAGUAUGCAAGAAAGACGAAGCACUUUAGGGGCUGCUGUGCUCAGUGAUCUCCUGUAUGCUGUUGGUGGAUUUGAUGGAAGUACUGGCCUGGCAUCUGUGGAGGCUUAUAAUUAUAAGAUCAAUGAAUGGUUUUUUGUGGCACCUAUGAACACAAGAAGAAGCAGUGUUGGAGUUGGAGUUGUAGAGGGUAAACUCUAUGCUGUUGGUGGAUAUGAUGGAGCAUCGCGUCAGUGCCUUAGUACCGUGGAGCAGUAUAACCCAGCUACAAAUGAAUGGACUUAUGUUUCAGAUAUGAGUACUCGGCGCAGUGGUGCAGGUGUUGGUGUUCUUAGUGGCCAGCUGUUUGCUACUGGAGGUCAUGAUGGUCCUUUGGUGAGGAAAAGUGUGGAAGUAUAUGAUCCUGGAACAAAUACAUGGAAGCAAGUAGCUGAUAUGAACAUGUGUAGAAGAAAUGCAGGUGUGUGUGCAGUGAAUGGACUUCUCUAUGUAGUUGGGGGAGACGACGGGUCUUGCAAUUUGGCUUCUGUAGAAUACUAUAAUCCUGUCACUGACAAGUGGACGUUAUUACCAAGCAACAUGAGCACUGGAAGAAGUUAUGCAGGUGUAGCUGUGAUCCAUAAACCAUUGUGACACCCAUUUGUGUGAAUGCAAAGCAAGAAAUGAUAUCUGUCUAGCUUGACGUGUUUUGGAAGAUACUGAUGGGGGACUCUUAAUUGCCAUACGAACACUGCACUUCUUGCCUGACAAGCAUAUACUAAGAGCAUCACCUUCUGCUUAACAAUGGGCAGAGCAGCAAUGUGAACAUGCCACUGCUGGGAACAAAUUCCAGAAAUAAGAUGUUGCUUAUUUCGUAGGUGUUCUGUUCUGUUUUUGUGUGAGCUGUUUUAUGUACAGCCAGGAUUGAGAUUGAAGCGAAUUUCUCGAGAGGAAAUAUUUCUCUACAGAAUGUGACUGGGAGAACUUUUUUAAAGAGUUCUUUGCUACUGACAGUGAAUAAGUAAUAGACAUAAUUUUUAUUGCUUAUAAUAAGUACUUAAUUAAACCUACAGAAACUAGACCUUUCAAAAUACCCAUAAGAAAACUGGGAAGCAGGCCCGAAGUUUAUUUGCUGUAUUGUAUCCACUCUGUGUAUAUAUCCUACUUGACUACUGUAAAUGUAUAAUUUUGGGUGCUGGAAGUAUCCACUGUAUGAUUUUCUCUUGAGGCAAAAACCCACAUUCAUCAAAUUGGUUUGAUGAGCCAAUUAGUGUCUUUCUCUGAGGUUCAAAUACCCAAACACCAGGAACACCAUUGAAAUGCAGUGUUCUCAAGGGACCUACUGCUUUUUGAACAGACAUUUUUCAUCAACGUUGACUUUUCAAUGGAGUGGUGAGGGAAUAUAAUACUUUCGUUGGCAACAACUGAAAAACCAAUCAGAAAAUGCAAGCUGGACCUGCAGUCUGUUUUUGGUAUUGUGAUAUCGUUUCAUACUCAGUAAUGUAGUAUUAUGGAAACAUGCCACCAAAUUCCAGAGAACCUUGCAACUUUGUGAUGGUUUGGGGAUUUCAGGUGGGACCAUAAGCCACUUCAGGAACAGAAGCAGUAGCAUCCCUGGAUGGUAAGGUACUGCCGGGUACAAGGGCUGAGGGAAUUUUGGGCAAGGCUUUCUGUGGAAAUGGAUCUUCAGAAGAGCAGAUGGGAUGUCAACAAGACUGGAAAAAUCAUCUGGCAAAUCCCAGCUAAGCUUUGAUUAGAAGGAACUGGAUUCCUGCAUAUACCUCUCAUGCAUUUGGCCAUUCACCAUCAGUUGCCCAAGAUAUUUAAAACUUCUAAGUGUUUUCCACCUCAUCAUCGUUUAAUUCUUCCAGCUAGAGCUAUCCUUUUAAAAAGUUAUCCAUACUUUCAUUGUUCUAUAUGUAAAAAAGUUACUUGGAGUUAAUUUAUUCUAAAAAGGAAAGGUGACUUCUCAGAGUAGGGAAAAUCAUCCAACUACAUGACUUGAUCUGUACCUGAUCCCCUUCUAGCUAUUUUUUUAAUCAAAACUAUCAUGACAUGGAAAAUAAUUUCGUUGCUAGAAAUAUAUUCUUAUUCACUUCCAGUUUUUCUGUUCUAGUUAACAUUCCCCCAAAGGCACAUAUUUCCCUGUUCUCCAAUAUUUUUUUCUUGAAUACAUUUUCUGUUUUAUUUUGAUUUUAAGAAAUAGCAUUUAACUCACUUGUCAUGCUUUCAGCUUUUCUAUCACUUAAAGCAACUGUGAACCAUUAGCAGUGAAGCAGAAAAUGCAAUUGAACAUAAUUUUCAGUAAGUGUUCCUAAAGGCAAGGCUGCAUAAUUUUUUUAUAAGGGAUUUCUUCCCUUUAUCCUUUAAAAAACUCGUGUGUCUUGCAGUUCCUUUUUUAUAUUGGCAGAAAUGCUCAUAGAGCAAUCCUAGCUGCUGUUUAAAACUCUUGGGCGGGAACCUGUUCAACACAUUCCCUAAAGCAGGAUAUAGCAUUUUCUUCUCCCUUUCUACCAAGGUAACCUGUCACUAAGGAAUUAUUUCCAAAGCUGGGGUGGAGAACUGUUUUAUCAAUUGCGUUUUCUGUAUGGAGCGUGAGGGUUAAUGACAUACAGCUUCCUUUUCUCCCAUAGGAGUUCCAUCCAGAGUCAUUGAAUACUGACCUCCUAUGGCAAAUCUCCAGUCCUUCCAAGGAAGAUUUGGGAACGCUGUGGAAAUUUUGACAGGGCUUAGCCAGGAACAGUGGCCUGGCUUGGAUGUUAAUGCUAAACAAUAAUGGGUUGAGUUGAUAUAUUUUGUUCAGCCAAAAGCAAACAAAUCACAUCCUGUCUGAAAGUUAUAUGUGAACCAGGACUUUGCAUGGGAUGAUGGUGGACAGCAUUCAAUGAUUUAUAAACAAAUAGAUGCUCACUUGUAAAUCCUGUAAACAGGAUUUAAAGACCCUAUUUUCCUACCACCACCCACACAAAUCUCCCUAGAGGGUCUCCUGGAUACCACUAGUUUUUGCUCAAAAAUCUCUAGGGUUCUUGUCUUGAGUAUUUCUCCUUGUCUGAGAAUAAAUCCUGUUGUGCUCAUACAUCUGCGUAGGAUUCUGUUAAUCUUGCCUGUAGCAGAUGUGAAUCAACAGGUGGAAAAUGCUUCCAGUAAUUCCCAUGUGAAGACUACAGCAUGUAGGCCAUUCAAGUCAUUGAAAUACAGUGAGAUUUGUUCCUUUGUUUUUGCUCUAUGAUGCUAAUUGAGGAAUUCCUGAGGUGGUAAGAGGCCAUAUUUACCUCAUUUGAUGAUGCAAGUAUUUUCACAAAUGUGUAUGCAUUGAAAUCCAACUUCUUAUCAAAGCUGCGUGCUGCUUAUAUUCCACCACUGAUGGGCAAUGCAUUUUGCUAUCUAGCUCUACUAUGAAGUGGCACCUAUGUUCCCAUGUGACAGCUGGGGGGAAAAUUGCAAACUAAUGUGCUGGCUGUUCAUAAAUGGCAUUGGUUUCAGCUAAGAGCCACUUAUCACUAGCAAAUGGUAUGUGUCACUUUCUGUGGGUAAACUUGCAGGGUUAAUGCAAGUCAAGUGACCUCAUUUCUCAGCUAUGCAAUAUUAAUAAUUGUGACACAACAACCAGCUGCAAUAGCCCUUUCAAAGCGCUUUUGAAAUAACUUUCAUUUGCACCAUGCCAAUUCUGAGCCACAGCCUUUCAAAGAUUGCCUUUUUACAGGGCUUGAGAAUAUAGCUUUAGAGCUGGCAAAUUUAAAUUAUUUUUGUAAGAUAAUUCUUAAUGAGUUCUUGGAUCUCUUGAUGUUGGUGGCAAUUAUGAUUAGUGUCUAAUCCUUACACCAUGGGCCCAAUUCUCACCAGCCAUUUAUUUAUGAUGGCUAAUGGAAAGGACACAAUCCUCAAUGUUAAUUAACAGUGGACUGUUACCUCUAUGACUAGUAACAUUCUGAACUGAGACACACAGGCGUGCCCGUGUGUUUACCUGUUUGCUUUUUUUAAAGGGUUAGGGCAUAUUUGGCUUCAUCUUUUACACCAGGGUUGUUUUAUUUUUCUCUCUGGUUUUCUGUAUUAACGUGCUGUGCAGCUAAAUGCUAAAGACAAAUUUAGAAGUAAAGUUUCUUUCCAAGAUGGUUUUGAGAGAGCUAAUCUUUUCCAAAUAUUAUUCACCGAAGCUGUUGUUCAAUCUCUUAUUCUAAAGCUGACUUGUUUGGCGGUGAGAUGAUCUUCCAUAAACCUGGGUGAUAGAUGCAAAACCUAAAAGCAAAUGUGAAAGACUGUUUUUAUGUCUCUGUUCAAUAUAUGCUCCCAAAUAUGUUACAGAUUUUCCUUCUUGGAAGCUGCUGCCACAGAAUCCCCUCUCCCCAGUAUUUUAAAGUAAAUCAGUAUGAUGCCAACUUAAUUGGCAUGGAUGAGCUGUUUCCUCCUAACUUUUCCACUUCAGUUGCUGUUGUAGUUCGCUAGGCGUAACAAAAACCCGGAGUUUUCUGUGUGUCUCUGCUGCCAUCUAGUGGCUGCCUGGAUUUUUUCAAUCCAGAGAUGAGCCCAACUCCAUUGAUGUUUCAAACUUUGGGAUUUUCAGUAGAGGAGGGGUUUGCAAGCAGCUAGCUUAUUGGGUGAGCUUAGGUCUAGAAGUUAAAGCACAAAGCACUACUGUACUUAAAAUGUAUUCAGAACUAAGUGCUGUAUUUAUGCAGCAUGUAUAAAUGGAAUUUUUAGUUUCUCUGGCCUAGUAUUAUGAAUUAGCUGCUAGCUUUAUUUGAAUUUGUGUAUAAAUUGGCUUAACUGAAGCUCAGACAGGUUAACUGGAUUUCAUUUUGUAUUUAACUAGCUUCAGCCAGAUUCUAUUAUAUAUAUUCAAUAGACCCUGAAUAGCACUGCAUGAUUAAGCAGUGAAAGGGGAAUUGUUUUAUUUUUUGCACUAUUUGUACACUGAGGACUUUGGAUAUUAUAUUAUUUACCUUUUCAAUUAAACGAUUGCACAUGUCCACUACUUUAAUGGGCUUGUUUCCUGUUUAUGUGUAGGAGUCAAGACUGACUUGAAGGCACUGAAAAAAAACCCUAAAAAAUUAAAGAUGAUCCACAUUUGGAACAUAACUGAAUUAACAGAUUUGGGGUAAAGGGGCAGUUUGCCAGUAGCUCUUCCAGAAUAUUGCGUUUCUGAAAACAUGUAAUGAUUACAUUCAGCUGAAUUUCAGGCAUUCAGAUACCUCCUUCUACAGCACAGUUUCUAACUGGAUUCCAUAAUUUGUUCCUAAAUUAUCACCCAGAUGAGUUUAAUCCUGGAUUAUGGAUAGAUGUUGGCUUGCUGCCAUGCAAAGGCAGGAGGGAGCUGGUAAGGUGCUGCUUGUGCAUAUAAUGGUUUGGUUAAGGAUGACAUCUGAAUGUGCUCAUUAUGUGAUAAGUAUAGUAUAUAGUAGAAGAAUCCAAAACUCUUUGUUUCCAAUAUCCUAAAUUAUUUUAUUUUCCUGUGCGGUAGCAAUAAAUGCUAAGAAGUUUAAUUUAUAAAUAUAUUGUGUAAGAUACAGUUUAAAACUAGCAGUAGAUUGUAAAGGUAAAGGUUUUUCUUACAAUCUAGACUGAGAUACAAUGUAGCUGUGAUCCUAUACUAUUUACAGCCCAAUCCUGUGCAUGUUUACUCAGAAGCAAGUUUCACUUUAAACAGUGGGAGUUACUUCUAAACAGAUGUGCACAAGAUUGCAGCUGCAAUUAGUUUAAUUAGUUUUUUCCCCAAUCAUAUUGCACAUUACAUUGAUCUGUUAACUAUUUAUACUGCUGUGGGACCAACUGGUUGCUGGUGCAAUUCUAUUCUCCCCUCUCCCCCUUUCUUUCAGCUUCAAGACUCCAUAAAAAUGUUAGCUUGUCAACAUGAAGUUAUAUGUAUUUUAUAGCACAUUGAAUUUUGGUUGAAUAAAGCUGAGCAAAUGAAA